AUGUUGCUUCUGAGUACGCGAGCCGGGGGAUCUGACGAAUUGGCAGUUUACAUUUCCUGGGUCGAGUUAUCCCGCGAUCCAGGAAGCAAUGAUUCGAAGAUCUGGUUAUUUGGCGUACUGCGAUUUGCUAUCCCCGAUCAGGUGACUCAGUGCUUUGGCUAUUUGACCGUGCUUGAUUCAGUAAUCCUGCGAUUUGGUGAUCGAGGAUUUAUACAUCAGGCGACUUGA